UCAGAGACACCACUGGAUACAGAGCAGCGAGCACUAAAGGCUUCCCUCUUUCCUUAAACCUGUCGGGUUGUGGGCUCUCUCUAUCCCCCUCUUGCUCUUUUCUUUUCUUUUUUUCCUAUUCUUUUUUUUUUUUUUUUAAAGCCUUCCAAGGCAAGUUCAUGGAUACUAAGCUGAUGUGUUUGUUGUUCUUUUUCUCCCUGCCUCCACUCCUAGUGAGUAACCACACUGGCCGCAUCAAGGUGGUCUUUACUCCGAGCAUCUGUAAAGUGACCUGCACCAAGGGCAGCUGUCAGAACAGCUGUGAGAAGGGGAACACCACCACUCUCAUUAGUGAGAAUGGUCAUGCUGCCGACACCCUGACGGCCACGAACUUCCGAGUGGUCAUUUGCCAUCUCCCGUGUAUGAAUGGUGGCCAGUGCAGUUCAAGGGACAAAUGUCAAUGUCCUCCAAAUUUCACUGGAAAGCUUUGUCAGAUCCCUGUCCAUGGUGCCAGUGUGCCUAAACUUUAUCAACAUUCCCAGCAGCCAGGCAAGGCGCUGGGGACACACGUUAUCCAUUCCACACAUACCUUGCCUUUGACUAUGACUAGCCAGCAAGGAGUGAAAGUGAAAUUUCCUCCCAACAUAGUCAAUAUCCAUGUGAAACAUCCUCCUGAGGCUUCAGUCCAGAUACAUCAGGUUUCAAGAAUUGAUGGCCCAACAGGCCAGAAAGUAAAAGAAUCUCAACCCAGCCAGUCCCAAGUCUCUUACCAAGGCCAUCCUGUCCAGAAGACCCAAACCAUACAUUCCACAUACUCUCACCAGCAGGUCAUUCCUCACAUCUAUCCUGUGGCUGCUAAAACGCAGCUUGGCCGGUGCUUCCAGGAAACCAUUGGGUCACAGUGUGGCAAAGCGCUCCCUGGCCUUUCAAAGCAAGAGGACUGCUGUGGAACCGUGGGCACCUCCUGGGGCUUUAACAAAUGCCAGAAGUGCCCCAAGAAGCCGUCUUAUCAUGGAUAUAACCAAAUGAUGGAAUGCCUACAAGGUUAUAAACGGGUUAACAACACCUUUUGUCAAGAUAUUAAUGAAUGCCAGUUACAAGGCGUGUGCCCUAAUGGUGAGUGUUUGAAUACCAUGGGCAGCUAUAGAUGCACCUGCAAACUGGGAUUUGGGCCAGAUCCUACCUUUUCCAGCUGUGUUCCGGAUCCCCCUGCGAUCUCAGAGGAGAAGGGGCCCUGUUACCGACUGGUCAACUCUGGAAGGCAGUGUAUGCAUCCCCUGUCUGUUCACCUCACCAAGCAGCUCUGCUGUUGUAGCGUGGGCAAGGCCUGGGGCCCACACUGUGAGAAAUGUCCCCUUCCAGGCACAGCUGCUUUUAAGGAAAUCUGUCCUGGUGGAAUGGGUUAUACGGUUUCUGGCGUUCAUAGACGCAGGCCAAUCCAUCACCAUGUAGGUAAAGGACCUGUAUUUGUCAAGCCAAAGAACACUCAACCUGUUGCUAAAAGUACUCAUCCUCCACCUCUCCCAGCCAAGGAAGAGCCAGUGGAGGCCCUGACCUUCUCCCGGGAACACGGGCCAGGAGUGGCGGAGCCAGAAGUGGCAACUGUACCCCCUGAAAAGGAGAUAACUUCAUUGAAUCAGGAGAAAACCAAACUUGAGCCUGGUCAACCCCAGCUCUCUCCAGGCAUUUCAACUAUUCACCUACACCCACAGUUUCCAGUAGUGAUUGAGAAAACAUCACCUCCUGUGCCUGUGGAAGUCGCUCCUGAGGCUUCCACAUCAAGUGCCAGCCAAGUGAUUGCACCUACUCAAGUAACAGAAAUCAACGAAUGUACUGUGAACCCAGAUAUCUGUGGAGCGGGACACUGCAUUAAUCUGCCAGUGAGGUAUACCUGUAUAUGCUACGAGGGUUACAAGUUCAGUGAACAGCAGAGGAAAUGUGUUGAUAUUGAUGAAUGUACUCAAGUCCAACAUCUCUGCUCCCAUGGACGCUGUGAAAAUACCGAGGGAAGUUUCUUGUGCAUUUGCCCAGCAGGAUUUAUGGCCAGUGAGGAGGGGACUAACUGCAUAGAUGUUGAUGAGUGUCUGAGGCCGGAUGUAUGUGGGGAAGGACACUGUGUGAACACCGUCGGGGCCUUCCGGUGUGAAUACUGCGACAGUGGCUUCCGUAUGACCCGGAGAGGCCACUGCCAGGAUAUUGAUGAGUGUGUGAAUCCAAGUACUUGUCCAGAGGAGCAAUGUGUGAAUUCUCCUGGAUCUUACCAGUGUGUUCCUUGUACAGAAGGAUUCCGAGGCUGGAAUGGACAGUGCCUUGAUGUGGACGAGUGCCUGGAACCAAACGUCUGCGCAAACGGUACUUGUUCCAACCUUGAAGGCUCCUAUAUGUGUUCAUGCCACAAGGGCUAUAACCCAACUCCAGACCACAAGCACUGCAAAGAUAUUGAUGAAUGUCAGCAAGGGAACCUGUGCAUAAAUGGGCAGUGCAAAAACACGGAAGGCUCCUUCAGGUGUACCUGUGGACAGGGAUACCAGCUGUCGGCAACUGAAGAUCAGUGUGAAGACAUUGAUGAAUGCCAGCACCGUCAUCUCUGCAGUCACGGACACUGCAGGAACACAGAGGGCUCCUUCCAGUGUGUGUGUGACCAAGGCUACAGGGCAUCUGCGCUUGGAGACCAUUGUGAAGAUAUCAAUGAAUGCUUGGAGGACAACAAUGUUUGCCAGGGAGGAGACUGCAUCAAUACUGAAGGGUCGUAUGACUGCACUUGUCCGGUUGGAUUCCAGCUAAAUGAACAUAAGGAAUGUCAAGAUAUUAAUGAGUGUGAACAGCCAGGACUCUGUGGGCCUCACGGGGAGUGUCUAAACACAGAAGGUUCUUUUCACUGUGUCUGUGAACAGGGCUUCUCCAUCUCUGCAGAUGGCCGGGCAUGUGAAGAUAUUGAUGAAUGUGUGAACAACACUAUUUGUGACAGUCACGGGUUUUGUGACAAUACAGCUGGCUCCUUCCGCUGCCUCUGUUAUCAGGGCUUUCAAGCCCCACAGGAUGGGCAAGGGUGUGUGGAUGUGAACGAAUGUGAGCUGCUCAGUGGCGUGUGUGGUGAAGCCUUCUGUGAAAAUGUGGAAGGGUCCUUCCUGUGUGUGUGUGCCGAUGAAAACCAGGAGUACAGCCCCAUGACUGGGCAAUGCCGCUCCCGGGCCUCUGCAGAGUUAGAAGUAGAUGAACCCAAAGAAGAAAAGAAAGAAUGCUAUUAUAACCUCAACGAUGCCAGCCUGUGUGACAACGUGCUGGCCCCCAACGUCACCAAACAGGAAUGCUGCUGCACGUCGGGCGCCGGGUGGGGAGACAACUGUGAGAUCUUCCCCUGCCCAGUCUUGGGGACUGCUGAGUUCACGGAAAUGUGUCCUAGAGGGAAAGGUUUUGUUCCCACUGGAGAAUCCUCUUACGACAAUGGUGGCGAGAACUAUAAAGAUGCAGACGAAUGCCUCCUUUUUGGACAAGAAAUCUGCAAAAAUGGUUUCUGUUUGAACACUCAGCCUGGUUAUGAGUGCUACUGUAAGCAAGGGACAUACUACGACCCUGUCAAAUUGCAGUGCUUUGAUAUGGAUGAAUGUCAGGAUCCCAACAGUUGUAUUGAUGGCCAGUGUGUUAAUACAGAAGGUUCUUACAACUGCUUCUGUACCCACCCAAUGGUCCUUGAUGCUUCGGAGAAGAGAUGCAUACGACCAACUGAAUCAAAUGAGCAAAUCGAAGAAACCGAUGUCUACCAGGAUCUGUGCUGGGAACAUCUGAGUGACGAGUAUGUGUGCAGCCGGCCUCUUGUGGGCAAGCAGACGACGUACACUGAGUGCUGCUGUUUGUACGGAGAGGCCUGGGGCAUGCAGUGUGCUCUCUGCCCCAUGAAAGACUCGGAUGACUAUGCCCAGCUGUGUAACAUCCCUGUGACAGGACGCCGGCAGCCAUAUGGACGGGAUGCCUUGGUCGACUUCAGUGAACAGUAUGCUCCGGAAGCUGAUCCCUACUUCAUCCAGGACCGUUUUUUAAAUAGCUUUGAGGAGUUGCAGGCUGAGGAGUGUGGCAUCCUAAACGGAUGCGAAAACGGCCGCUGUGUGAGGGUCCAAGAAGGGUACACUUGUGACUGCUUCGACGGGUACCACCUGGAUAUGGCCAAGAUGACCUGUGUUGAUGUCAAUGAAUGUGAUGAGUUGAACAGUCGGAUGUCUCUCUGCAAGAAUGCCAAGUGCAUCAACACAGAAGGUUCCUACAAGUGUUUGUGCCUGCCGGGCUACGUUCCUUCUGACAAGCCGAACUACUGCACUCCAUUGAAUACCGCCUUGAAUUUAGAGAAAGACAGUGACCUGGAGUAAAAGAGAAUCUGCAUGACCUAAGCCCAUAUACCCUGCACUGUGUAAAGGAAAAGGGAGAAAUGUAUUAUACUUGAGACAUUGCACCUAACCCAGGAUGUUGGAAAUGUGGAAACAGCAUGAGCUGCACGUCCUCCAAAGACGAUGAGAGGAUUUAGGGUGAGCCUGAGUGGCAUGACAGACCAAAUGGACAUUUCUCUAAAAAAUCAGUAUAUAUAGUCUGUUCAUAUGUAAAAUUCAGUGGGAAAAAAAAAAGGCAGAACAGUGCUGUUAUUUUAAACAGAAGGUUGUAUUAUUAUGUCGUUUUAUUUUUUACUAUUGCUUGAUUAAAUUUGGAAUUAAAUAGUGGUGGAAAUAUUUUAUAUAAUUUUCAUUUUUUUUGGUUGUGUAGUUCCUUGGCUACUGUUUUUCUUUCUCUUUAGUUGUUUUUUUUUUUUUUUUUAACCUCAAGGGUAUACGUCUUUGAUAAAAUAUUGUUAAGCUGUAUUUUAAGUAUUGUUACACAAGGUUAUGCUAUUCCUGGUCUCUAGAGCAUUUUUUAAAUUGAAAUUGUCUGUCCUGUGGAGCAGGCAGUGAUUUUGUUUUAAAACUUUUAUACACAUUUGGAGAAAACAACUUUGUAUUUUCUGUAUAUUGUCUGAUUUUAAUGUCCACUCUUAGCCGAGCUGCUAGCGGACAUCAGUUGGAACCUUUUCCUUCACUGAAAUGGAAGAAUUUAUGAGCUUACAUUAGUAUUGUAAUAUGUCAUGUAAGCCCAGCAAAAAAAAAAAAAAAUUUUAAACUUGAUAACCCCCAAUAUAUUUACCAUUGUAUGUUAAAGCAAAAUAAAUCACCAUUUUUGUAGAAAAAAAUUCUACCUGAGAAUAAUUGUCAGCGAGUCCAUGCUGUACAAGGGUAUCCCAUCCUCUCUCGUUUUGUUUUCAUCAAUAGUCCUCUAUUAAUGUAGAGCCUUUUACAAGUUAAUCAAUAAUUUGUUAGGUAUUAUUAGGAGCUAAAUUGUCUCCCUCACCCCCAAUUCAUUUGUUGAAGCCCUGGCCCCUGAGUACUUCAAAAUGUGACUAUAUUUGGAGAUAGGAUUGUUAAACAGGUAAUUAGUGUUUAGUGAGAUCUUUGGGGGUGAGUCCCAGUCCAGUAUGAUGGUGUCCUUAUAUGAAGAGGAGAUCAGGUCACAGAAACACACAGAGGGAAGACUGUGUACAGACAGAGAGAAGACACCAUCUAUCAGCCAAAGAGAGAAGCCUCAGAAGAAAUCAACCUCCCAAAAUCUUGAUUUCAAACGUUUAGCCUCCAUGACUGUGAGAAAAUAAAUUUCUGUUGUUUAAACCA